AUGCUGAGCAAUCUGAAGACUUUGUUAAGUAGGCCCGUUCUCCCUCUAUCCCACUAUCAAUCUCUCUGUGCAUUACAUAUCGAAAAAAUAAAAAUAGAAUCUGCACUUGCUAACAGUGGUGAUGAAGAAGAGCAGGCGGGGACGGUGAAGGUUUUGGUAAUUGCUGUUCUGUUAAAAGUAAUAAUGAGGCGUAGGUUUUCCAUCAUUCAGUGGGAAGCUCUUGCUCUGUUGCUUAUUGGAAUUAGCAUAAAUCAGAUGCGUUCCCUACCUGAGGGUACUACCGCUUUGGGUGUUCCUGUUGCAACGGCUGCAUACAUGUCCACAUUGAUUUUUGUGACUGUUCCAUCUUUGGCCUCAGUCUUCAACGAAUAUGCUCUGAAAAGCCAAUAUGACACAAGCAUUUACCUUCAGAACUUAUUUUUAUAUGGAUAUGGUGCUAUAUUCAACUUUCUGGGGAUUCUUGGAAUUGCCAUUUUCAAAGGUCCCAGUAGCCUUGAUAUUUUGCAAGGACAUUCGAAAGCUACCAUGCUUUUAAUAUGUAACAAUGCAGCGCAAGGAAUUUUAUCCUCCUUUUUCUUCAAAUAUGCUGAUACGAUUUUGAAGAAAUAUUCGUCAACUGUUGCCACAAUCUUUACCGGCAUUGCCUCCGCUGCAUUAUUUGGUCAUACUUUGACCAUCAACUUUAUUUUGGGAAUUACUGUUGUUUUCAUUUCAAUGCACCAGUUCUUCUCAUCUCUUUCAAAAGUCAAGGAUGAACAACAAAAUGGAGUGCUGGAGCGAUUGGACAUUCAGAAUAACAGCUCAAGGGAUUCAUCCUUCAUAAAUAUGGCAGCUGGAGCAAAUGAAGAGGUAAGAAAGUCUGAUCAGCUUGCUUCUCAUCGUGUAGGACAUGAUGAAAGACAACCACUUCUUCCCACCUGA